AUGCCGAGUGCGUCGUGGCCGAUGCUGGAGGGACAGUUGAUUAAGGAGACGGCUCAUGCUCGAUAUGUAGAGAAUCCCCUCUGGCAAGGCCUAACCAACGAACUAGAUAGCUGCAGCAGCGUCGCAGGCGAACUUGAGACCGAGGCGACCCCGAUCGCUGACGCAGGCAUACUACUCUUCCAACCAUCCUGUCCCAAGAACCUUCGCUCCUUGCACCCAAAUACACAACCGAUUUUCCAGCUAUGGCAGAUAUUCUUGAAUAACGUCAAUCCCAUCGUGAAACUGCUUCAUAGUCCGUCAACGCAGCAGUUGAUUCUGGAGGCUGCGUCGGAUUUGGAUCACAUCUCCCAGCCGACGGAGGCGUUGCUGUUUAGCACUUACCUUUGCGCAGUGGCUUCUAUGGACGAUGAGAGCAGUCGUCAGAUAUUGCGUGCGUCUAGGGCGGACCUGAUGGCUUGGUUUUCAAGGGCUGCAAAGCAGGCGCUCAUUAAUACUGAGGUUUUGCGGUCUACGAAUGUUUUGGUUUUGAAAGCGCUUACUCUUUACCUGCUAGCAACACGACAACUCCACGACGUCCAAACCCGCUGGCUCCUAACCGGAAUCGCCAGUCGCAUCGCCCGAACAAUGGGCCUUCACUGGGAACGCAGCCUCAGUUCGCUCCCCGCCUUCGAGUGCGAAAUGUGUCAUCGUCUCUGGUGGCAAAUUGUCUUCAUGGACAGUCGCGCCGCGCAAUUAUGCGGCAUCGUCGUUGAUGCCCACUCCUACCAUUUCUGGGACACUGAGCGGCCCCGAAAUCUAAGUGACAGCGACUUAUCCCCGCUAAUGCAGGAACUCCCGCGUGAUCGUCCAGGUGCGACGGAGAUGUUAUUUUGUGAGAUCCGGUUCGAGAUUGGAGAUUGUAUGCGCAAAUUGACUGCUAUGGAACAUGGGCUUGUGGGUGGUAGUGUUUCGGAACGGCUUGUUGAGCAGGAACGGGCUAUUAAUGCGCUGGAGAGCCGGUUGGAAGAGAGCUAUCUGUGUGAUUGCGAUGCGUCGAUUCCGUUCCACCAGUUGGGACGAGGAACCGUAGCUGAGUUCGAUAUCGUAGUAGAAACAUUAAUAUCACCCGUGAAGUCAGUCUAUCGACCUUGA